AUGACACAACGUCUUCUGUUUCUUAUUUUUCUCACUUUAGCAAUCUUAAUUUGCAAGAUAAAUUCUGAUGGUCAUUUUCAUGAUCAUGGACAUGGCCAUUCUCAUGAACAUGGUCAUAGUCAUGGUCACGGACAUUCUCACGAUCAUGGUCAUUCUCAUGAUCAUGAUCACGACCAUGGCCAUGCUCAUGAAGAACCACCUGCAUAUAAAUAUUCUCGAGAAGCAAAUGAACUUCAUCAUGGACAUUCCCAUUCACAUAAUGAAGAAUCAGUAACUUAUGCUCCACCACAUUAUAAUGAAGGUAGUGACGAUGAUGAUGAUGAGGAUGUAACUGCACAAUUUUCUGUUAUGUCUUGGGCAUUACUUUCAACACUUGGAAUAAGUUUAGCACCUAUUGUUAUUUUAUUUUUUAUUCGUGUUAGUAAUACACCAGCACAUCAAUCAUAUUUAAAAAUUCUUUUAAGUUUUGCAUCUGGUGGUUUAUUAGGUGAUGCAUUUUUACAUUUAAUUCCUCAUGCAAUGUCAUCUUAUGGUAGUGAUCAAGAUAAUGAACAUGGACAUUCUCAUUCUCAUGAACAUAAUCAAUCAGCUGAUUUUCGUGUUGGUAUAUAUAUUCUUUUAGGAAUAUUUCUUUUUCUUAUUGCUGAAAAAUUUGUUCGACACUUUAAAGGUCAUGGACAUUCCCAUGGUCAUACUCAUCAACAAACUGCAGCUGUUAUACCAAAGCAUAGUGAUGAUGAGGAUGACGAUGACCAUGAUGAUAAAAAUGGUAAAAAAAAAAAAGAAAAAAAAACAAAAGCUGAAAAACAAUCAGUCGAAGUAGUACAGAGUAAUAUGAAAAUAUCUGGCUAUUUAAAUUUAAUUGCUGAUGCUCUUCAUAAUUUUACUGAUGGAUUAGCUAUUGGUUCAUCAUAUUCAAUGGGACGAAAACUUGGCUCAGUAACAACAUUUGCAAUAUUUCUUCAUGAAAUUCCACAUGAAAUUGGUGAUUAUGCUAUUUUAAUUCAAAAUGGUUGUAGUCGAAAAAAAGCAAUGCUUUUACAAUUAACAACAGCUAUCGGUGCUUUACUUGGUUGUUUAAUUGGUCUUUUAUUUCAUUCAGCUGGUGCAAAAAUAUGGGCAGCACAAACAUUUCUUCCAAUAACAGCUGGCGGUUUUAUUUAUAUAGCAACUGUUAGUGUUAUACCAGAAUUAUUAGAAACAAAUACUGGAUUUAAACAAUCAGUGUUAGAAAUGAUUGCUCUCAUUGUUGGUGUGGGUUUUAUGGUUUUUGUUUCAAUUUUUGAGUGA